CUCAUUUGUACUAUGCUAUGACAUUCCGUCGAAGUCGAUGGCGCGAAUCGGCCGCGUCACACACAACCUUAUACCGUUUCACGUAACAAAUAGUUUUCUAACUUUCGUCGUGACUUAACCGCGUCUCUCAUACGCUCUACUCGUUUUUGAGGAAGUUUUGUUCGGCAACUGUGUCUUUAGUGUUUUAAAAUGUAAUAAUGAUCAAAAUGCCCAUAUUCUGUGCACAAUUAUUUCGCGUACCUAUGCUAUAAAUCAAAAUGACUCAGUGUUUUUAGGUAAAUUAAAGUGUUUACAGCUAUAGUGUUCCAGACAGCUAAACAGUGGAAUGUGCGUUCUUAGCUGCGUUCAACUGGAUACAAGAGCUUAAAAAUAGAACAACUUUAAGAUUCCAUGUGGUGGAUCAAACAGUUCUCUAUUAUGGGAGAUACUGAUUGCGUCUUCUCGUUAUAAGUUGCAGUGUAAAGAUUUGUGAGCAAUAUGUCAAACAGCUGCGUUCGUCAGUUGUUUACGGCUGUGGUCGCUGCUGUGUGUAUACAUAGCAGUGUGGCUCAGACCUGGAACACAGUAGCUGAUGGUACCAAUUGUUCAGAUGAUCUACAACUGAACGGCCCAGUUAUUAGUCCAUGUCAAAGCGAAAUAAUAUUGCAGAAGGGACAAAACUUUACAAUUAACUGUAAAGGAAAAACCAAAGUGCAUAUUAAGCAACAAGAAAUACCGGAAGAAGUAAUCGGACCGUUUUCUAAAGAGCUGAAAUAUAAGACUGUACAGGCUGACGAGUACAAGUUUGAGGCAGCCCUUGAGUUGUAUCACAUUGACCAGUUUGCGAUUGGCUAUUACGCUUGCUUCGACGAUACGGUAAACGGUAGCGAAAUACUAAAUAACCUUAUUGAAGAACCGAAUAACACAGAGCAUAUCUCGUUCAUUUAUAUUUACGUCAAUGGCUCCGAUAGCUUGUUUGCGCCCAUGCGGGAGGUAAUCAUUCCAAGAAAACAAUGUAAGGUCGUUAUUGAAUGUAGACCAACAACACCAGACAUUGAAGUUACCCUGACGUCGGACUUUGCAGAACCAAUUUAUCAGCAAUAUAGUCCCAAAAUCGGGUUCGUCAUCGAUAGCGACAUGCUUUCGGAACCUCUCGGGUCGAAUAUGAUCUAUCGCAUCUGUGAGUUUCAGGGACGAAACGUUCGCCACGAAAAAGAAGUUUAUUUUCAACAUGUUAGGGUCCCUCCUGAGCCAAAAAUUAUAGGCGGUGAUGCACGAUUCCUGGCAGGAGAAACCUUUACAAUUAAUUGUACCGUUGAGUAUCAACCCGAUUCCCUUGUUAACUUAUUUUGGAUUCCGCCGGGAGGCACUAAUGAAUCAAGAACAGAAACAUCGAAUGCAAAUGAAGUGAUGGGUGGCAUAGUGUACCGUAACAUCACUGUCAGAAAUGCGACAAGUGAGCAUGGCGGUAUAUACUACUGUGUCUCCCAAAACAACUGCGGCAAAAAAGCGAAAUCAUACAACAAGACUUUCUUAGCUGAACCCCAGCUCAAGCUUAAACAGCUGAACAAAAGGUUAUUGGAAUCGAAACUUAAAAGAAUUACAGUCACCACGGUAUUAACAGAUUACCCCGAAGCUGAAUAUUACUUCUUGCUUAAUGACCGUCCGUUACCUGAGAUACCGACAAAGUAUCAUAUCCAGAGAGUACCUGGGCCUUCUGGUGACGUCAGCUUGUCUAUAUACAACACUAAAGUCAAUGAUAGCGGUAAUUACACCCUUGUCGCUUCCAAUGGGUAUUUGACAAAAGAUGUUACGUAUGAUAUCAGAAUAAAAGCGAAACCGGAGAUAGACUUUGGGCCCCAAGUGGAUAAGAAGUACAUGGAGAAUGUGAUAGCGACACUCAGAUGCAUCGUGACCGGGUACCCUCUGCCUGAUAUCACUUGGGUAUUCUCUAACACCGAGGAACAAACACAAGAAAGCACAAGAAUAGUGCAGGAGCCUAACAGCGUGUACAACGUAACCGCUUACUUAGACCUUUCCAUACACGCUUCUGGAAACAUAUCGUGCAAGGCCACCAACUCCAUGGGCACAUCCAUAGAGACCAGAAGACUUCUUGUAUACGAGAUCUUUGGAGGAUUCGGAAUCAAAAAUGCUGAGAACACUUGGUUCUCCCAAAACCAAGAUGUUAUCAUCACAUGCAUUGCUUCUAUAUACGAUUACCAAAGCGUAACUUGGUUGGGACUUGACGCAGAAGACAUGAACGAAACAGCCGAUGCAGUGGAAAUCGUGAUGAGCCCGUUCUCGCGUAUUGCCAAACUAAGGCUGCCCCACAUUUCUGUAAACCAAAGUGGUCAGUACGUUUGUCGAGGCAAAAAGUUUGACAACACCUAUAAUGAGGAAACUAUCAACAUUUCAGUGGCAGCUCUUCAACCACCAGAAAUUAAAGAGCCAAUUGUUGAUAAAUCUGAGGAAGUUUAUCGUUUCCAACAUAUACAAUUGAAUUGUCAAGCCGAAGGAGUACCCCCACCUGUAUUGGAAUGGUACAAGGAUGGCAUUCUCAUAGUAAACGAUACUGAUGGACGAGUGUUCUUUACAAACAUUAUAAAUCGUACUAUUGUGAACUCGACGCUAGAAUUACCGCCAAUGACGGAUGAGUAUGAGGCCACCUACGAAUGCUUGGCCAACAGCGAUGGCAGGACCGCCAGACGAGUUUAUAACAUAGCCAUUAACGCAGAAGCGACAUAUACAACAUAUCUAAGCGUCAUUAUAGUAAUAAUCUUCGCAUUAAUACUUGUCGUGUUGUAUCUAACAUGGAAGGUUCGUAAAGAGAAGCAGUUUAGACGGGAAUUAGCCGCUGCUGGCCUUUUAUACUUUAAGGAAGGUGUCACAAAGUCUCUGAACCCAGAUCUGGGUAUCGAUGAACAAGCAGAACUAUUGCCUUACGACGAGAAAUUUGAGUUUCCUAGGGACAAAUUAAUUUUCGGUAAACAGCUAGGUGCAGGAGCAUUCGGCGUUGUGUACAAGGCAGAAGCACGUGGAAUCAUAAAUGCUGAAGAAACAACAGAGGUAGCAGUGAAAAUGGUUAAGAAAACGGCUGACAAUAUGUAUAUCAAAGCGCUGGCCUCAGAACUAAAAAUAAUGGUGCACAUGGGGAAACACAUAAACAUUGUGAAUCUGCUUGGAGCUUGCACUAAGAAUGUUGGGAAACGUGAGUUGAUAGUGAUUGUCGAAUAUUGCAAGUUCGGGAACAUUCACAAUUACAUGCAAAGGCAUCGCGAGGUUUUCAUCGACCAACUGACUGAUAAUAAGGAAAAGAACGUCGGACGAGUCAACAGGGGAUUUUCCUGCAGUAGCGGCAGCACUGGAGCCCAAUCAGAUUACUUUGCUUCGAGUACUCAAGACACAGACCACACUUGCCUCAACACUGCCAACACGAACAGAUCUGCGAGAAAAGACAACACUAACCAAGCGGAAACUGGAAAAGUGUCGGAAGGCUACGUGCAACCAGAGUGGCGGACUAAUUACGAGAGUGACUACAGUUUCGACGGGCGGAACCCGCGGCCUCUGACGUCACGCGACCUCCUCGUGUGGGCCUUCCAGAUCGCGAGGGGUAUGGAGUACCUCGCCAGCAGAAAGGUUCUCCACGGAGACUUAGCGGCAAGAAACGUCUUAUUAGCCGAAGACAACAUUGUCAAAAUUUGCGACUUCGGUCUUGCAAGGAGUAUCUACAAGAACGAUGAAUAUCAAAAGAAAGAAAACAGUCUUCUCCCAGUCAAGUGGCUGGCCAUCGAGUGCAUGACAGACCGUAUAUUCUCGACGCAGUCUGAUGUGUGGUCGUUCGGGAUUGUACUGUGGGAGCUGUUCUCUCUUGCCAAGACGCCAUACCCCAAUGUGGGCCCAGCCAGCUUACUGCAGUGGCUUUCUGAAGGCAACCGUCUGGCGAAGCCCAUGUAUGCAGAUGGCCGCUUGUAUGACGUCAUGAUGCGGUGCUGGGAACAGAAGCCCACGUCAAGGCCAACCUUCUCACAACUGCAAGAAAUGAUCGGCGGAUUCCUAGAGGAUAACGUACGAAACCACUACGUGGACCUCAACUCCGCGUACAUGGAAAUGAAUGUGGGUGGUGUUGGUCAGGAAGACUACCUGGCGAUGGUUUGUGCACCAGACUAUAACAAUCUGGUGACACCGAGCCCGCAUCACUACGUUAACGACAGAAGUUUCUUCCCAAACACACCGACGCAAAUUGACGAGGAAGGCUAUCUGCAGAUGAGUCCGGCGACAAGACAAAACAUAUUCAGUCCACGAACUCAGGAUACUAAAUUUGAUUUCGACGCUCGCAAAUUUAAUCCGAGGGAGUCUGAAGGUAGCUGUGGUUCGGAGCUCACGCCGAUGCUUACUUUGAACAACCUGCCGGCGAGGAGCGGCUCGGAAUCCGACCACGAAGGAAACAUAUCGCCUUACCUCAACAUGUGUCCGACAAUCAACGAAGAAACGGACGACGUGUUCGAAACUAACCAAAACAAUGCAAAGAACGCCCAGAACACGGCGGUCACAAAUCCCACGUACAUAACACUGGAUGUCGACAUUGAGAAGAAACCUAAAGAUAUUAUUAACUCGUAUAUAAACGUACCGAACGGUCUAGUCAAAUAAUUUCAUUUCGUGUAACAGAAUAAGCUAAUCUCACGUACUUUAUAAUCUACUUGUGGAACAUUAUUCUCAUUACCAGCGUAAAUGUUAAAUUUUAUUACUGUUUUUUGAUCUCUUAAUUUCUUUGAUAUAAAUACUAUAACUUCUUUGUGUAGAAUUUAUGUUACUUUGCUUUCUAGAUAACCUUGAUUUCUUUUCUUAUCGUUUUCUCUUCGUAAUUAAUUUGUCUUGUCAUUUACUUGUGUAGGCUUAUUCGUAGUUGUAUCUUCAUACAUGUUAAUAGGUUCGUAUCAUAGGUGUAUUGUGUGUACAGACGUGUUUUAUGUUUAUAUGUGGACUGCAUGUGGUGGCCUAUUUGUACGGUGUGUAGAGACGGGAGACUUUGUCGAAUUUUUGCCACUCGCUGUUACCAGUUGGCCAGAUUUGUGCUUGGUAUAAUUUUUCUAUGAGUACAGUCGCAACCAAAAUGCUAUAGUUAUUAUUUAAUGAAUUCAGCAGGUACCGUUGCUGGGUACGUUCUAAUAAGUAUGUAAUGCUGUUUUAUUUUACAAAGUGAUCGUUAUUGGAAAGGUAUUUGACGUUGAUCUGGCAACACGUUUUAUGCCAGUGCCAUAGUUCGAGGCGUGUAUGUGAUAUUUUGAUAUAGGAAUUCGUAAUUGGACGCGUUAGUAAGAAUGAGUCAGUAUUUACGUUUUUUUUUAAACCCACCAUUAUAAUAAUAUUGUAAAUAUGAUUUUAAUAUUCGUACAUCUUCCGAAAACAUUCCUAAAAUGUGUUUUAUUUUUAUUAAAAGCUGUUGUUAAAAUAUUUUGCAAUGCAUUGCCUUUGAAAGUAUCUAAAUAUAGAAACUUCAGAAAUCCAUAGUAAGUUUAUGAAUAAAAUUAUUUGGUAAAUGUAUUGAUUUUCAAAUUGAUAUUUUUCGUGAUUGGAAUUAAUCAAGAUUCAUCUAGAAUUAAUAUUAGUAUUCUUAUUUUUUCAAUCAAUGGAAUGGAUUGUUGAUUGAAACAGUUGGUAGGUAAGGCCAUUGAAGGCAGUCGAUGCAUUUAUGCUGUAAAUGAUGAAAAAAUAUUGUUAUUAUAAUUUUACAAACUAUACAUAUGCCGAUAAUUUUUGAAUAAUCAAAGAUAUA